AUGAACCCUUCUAGCAUGCCUUUGUCUGCUAUUCAUCCAUCGUUGAAAGAGUGGGGAGUUAUUGUCCAAGUAAUUGAAGCAACUCAUAUUAAAUAUAACUCAACUCUUCAGCAACAUUAUCGAACAUUUGUCCUAGCUGACACAGAGGGUACUACAAUUCAAAUGCAUGUUCCUCAUCACAUUUUAGAUCAAAGAACAGAAUUGCUUGUCCCCUUUAAAAAAUACUACAUCUCUGGGGCUUUUGUUUCUCCUCCAAACCCUCAUACUACCAUCACUGAAUAUCCAUUUCAUUUCGUUGCUACCGAAGAUACUUUAAUUCAAGAAAUUCCAGAGACUGGUCAGCCUUCUCUUCCUCUUCAUUUCCAGCUACAUUCAUUCUCUGCAUUUGCCGUAAUUGCUGACACUGAUGAGCUUAUAAAUGUCAUGGGAAUUGUACUACAUGCUUUACCUGUCAAAACUAUCACCUCUGAGGGAACAACGUCCAUUGCUCGAGACUAUGUCAUUGCCGAUCAAGACAUGAGACCAUUCAUCCUAACUUUGAAGAAUGACUUCGAAGAAAACAAUGGUCCUGCAAUUGCAGCUGCUGAGAACCAUUUUCCAGUCAUCAUUGCCAUAAGAAUGAAAGUCACAACACAAAACUAUCUUAGCCUUUCAACUCAAGAUUCAACUACUAUUUUGAUAGCUCCAAUUGUGCAACAGGCAACAGAUCUGCAUCGCUGGUAUCAUUACAACGCAACUCAGCUAGCACAGAUGGUCCAUGAUCACAGUUAUGCUAAUCCACGCAUCCUUCUUGCUCCCCCUCAUCACAAUCAGAUCCAUGACAUAGCCGCUCUACUUCACUUCAAGCCAAAGACUGCAUGGAUAAAAGGUGUCGUCGAGCUUGAUUCUAAACCUCAAAAAUUAACCUAUAUAGCUUGUCCCAACUGUUACCAACCAGGUAGCUGUAUAGAUGAGCAAAAAAUUAUCUGCAAAUACUGUCAAGCUAAUAUUGAUCUCCAACCCAGAGCUUGUAUUUCAAUUUGGAUAACGGAUUCAACUGGCACUCUAUAUCUUACUGCUAUGGCAUCUGAAGCCGAAAAGCUAGCUCAAUUUUCUACCGCUGAGCUAUACUAUUUGCAAUCAGAGAACAUAAAUAUGGCUCAGCACCUCCAAACAAUUCUCCACGGAAAAAUCAUUAUAUGCUACGUCAAACCCUCAACUCCAAAGUUCAGAAUGAUGAGACUCUCAACUUAUGAAAUAAUCACUUCCUACACUAUGGAUGAAGUUCAUGACAUUGACAACCUCAACAUCAAUAAUCUCAGCAUUAAUAACUGA